GUUUUCAUGGAGUUAUCGGCGUUGGGAAACGGUGGUGAAACUCGCCGAAUUUGACGGGGAUUUACGCGGUGUGUUACUUGAAACUCUUUAAGGAUUAAUGCAGGGAGCAGAGGAGAUUAUUGAACCUGGCGUAGGCUAGUUUUUCCUCUUCAAGAAUGGCCAGAAGUCGUGUGUUUUCCGGUUGGCAUUUUGUCGUCUUUGGGUCACUCUUUCAAGCCAUGCUAGUUUUCGGAAAUGAUAGGAACUUUAAUCCAUUUUAUUUUACUUUGGAGCCUGUGGAUAUGGUUAUACAAAAAGGACAGCCAGCAAUUUUGAACUGUUCGGCAUUUGGCAAUCCAAGGCCAACAGUGGAGUGGAAAAAAGACGGUUUGUUUUUAAACUUACUCGGUGACACAAGGAGGACGAUUUUGCCCAGUGGGGCACUAAGAAUAAACAAUGUGACUCAUUCUCGAAAUGACCGACCCGAUGAGGGAAAUUACGAGUGUGUUGCAACAGUAGAUAAUUUAGGAACAAUAGUCAGUAGGUCAGCCAAAUUACAAGUAGCAAUUUUCAGUAGUUCAAUGGAAUCCUUACCCACAAUGCCUGUACUGAUCAGUACCACCACUACUUCACCAUCCCCUACUGCCAUGGUAGGUACAGAUACGUCGCCAGGUUCCAGACUGGUACCUACUGCUCCAAGGGAUGUACUGCCUCAGUUAGUAUCGACCAGGUUUGUUGAUUUGACAUGGAGAGAGCCAGGGCUUACGAAUGGUAAUAUAAUGGCCUACUCAGUCUACUUCAGAAGGCAGGGGUCUCCGAGGGAAAGAGUUGUGAAUACUACAACUGUUGAAGAAAGAAUCGAGGAAUUGAUUCCAUCAACAAGAUACGAGUUCCGAAUAAAAGCUUAUAAUCAACAUGGCGCUGGAGAAAUGUCGCCUGUUCUCUAUGUUGAGACUCAACCAGAAGUCCAAGCAGCUGGACCUGUCAUGAAUCUGAGAGCAAUUGCUUUGUCAACGACUGUCAUCAAGGUCCUCUGGGAUCCCCCAACACGGCGAAAUGGUCAAAUUGAUCAUUAUAAGCUUUACUAUGCUGAGUUGGCAAGAAUCAAUAGUGAACAGGAUAUAGAGGUCAUAGGACUAUACUACACUGUAACUAGACUUAACAAAUUCACGGAUUAUUCAUUCCGAGUUGUGGCGUACAACGAGAACGGACCUGGUGUAUCCAGUGAAGAGGUGGUUACCAGGACCUACUCUGAUCAACCCAGUUCUCCACCUGUAAACAUCACUAUGGUGCCCCAGUCCACAUCCAGUAUCAUGAUUUACUGGGAUCCGCCACCCUUAUCUGCACGCAAUGGUGCUAUCAUAGGGUACAAGUUAAGAUCUAAGCAGGAGGGAAGUCGCAGAAGUAGUGUCAUAACUGUUGAUGGUGCUGUGAAUUCAUACUCACUGGAUGGUCUGUCAAAAGAUACAAGAUACGAAAUUAGAAUGUCUGCAAUGACUGUCAAUGGUACAGGCCCUUCAACUGAAUGGAUGGGAGAAAGCACACUGCCUAAUGAUCUUGAUGAAUCUCAGGUUCCACCAGCUCCAACUUCUUUGAAAGUCUAUCCCAUGACGGAUAACAUUCAUGUUGAGUGGACCCAACCACGAACUGACUUGAACAUCAUGGUUCGUGGAUAUACAAUUGGUUAUGGACUUGGUAUACCAGACGUGAAAAUGAGGAAUUUCGAUGCCAACCAAAGGCAUUUCACAAUACCUAACCUUCUUCCAGCUUCGCAAUAUGUUAUAUCUUUACGUGCAUAUAACAGACAGGGUUCUGGUAAUGUUAUCUAUGAAACAGUUACUACUCGUGAAGAAAGUACUCCUGAACCCCAGACACCCAUGUAUCCUCCGGUUGGUGUCAAGGCAAUUGUGUUGUCAGCGACGGCAGUGAAAGUGGUAUGGGCUGAUUCAACACUGAAUAAGCAACGGAUAACAGACAAUAGAUAUUAUACUAUAAUGUAUAAAACUAAUUAUCCAGCUGGUUCAAAACCCAAGAUGGUAAAUUCUACAUCAUUUGAAUACACUAUCGACGAUUUAAAGUCCAGUACUGUGUACGAAUUUGCAGUGAAAGUCACAAAAGGUCGAAGGUCAAGUCAUUGGUCAUUGGCGGUCUCCAAUAAAACAUCUGAAGCUCCACCCGGUGCUCCACCGAAGACAUUGACAGCUGUGCCUGUGGAAGGUGAUCCGACGGCCUUGAAUUUGAAUUGGCAACCACCAAAAUCACCCAAUGGACUUAUCACUGGUUAUAUCAUCUAUUAUACAACGGACAACCAGAAAGUUGAUCAUGACUGGGUCAUUGAACCACUGAUUGGUGAUAGACUCACAACAAUAAUAAGAGACCUCACCGUAGACACAUCAUAUUAUUUUAAGAUUCAAGCACGUAAUAGUCAAGGUGUGGGUCCUUCUUCUGAGGUUUUGCAUUACAGAACACCCAAAGAUGAUGGAUCUGUUGUAAGCCAUCAAGACAGUGAUAAACUAAAUGGACGGGGCCCCACCAGCUCAGCCUCCAGCAAUGACGAAGAAGGCUUACCCAGGAGUAUUCUCUAUAUCAUCAUUGCAUGCGUGGUUGGUGUGACCUUUGUUGCCAUAGUCACCGUAACUAUAAUUGUGUGCAGACGUCGAGCUGAUGAAAAUAUGGCAAAAAAGAGGAAGCAAGGUGCAUAUAAAGCACCUCCAAAGGGUGGCGCUAAGAAAGCUGGUGCCAAGGAUGUAAAACCACCGGAUCUCUGGAUCCACCAUGACCAGAUGGAGUUAAAACAAAUGGAAAAGACUCCAAUGAUGGAACCAAUGACUCAGAUUCCUCGUCACCAGGACGAUAUGAAACCACUAGAUGACCCGCCUAUGUCAGAUACAAUAACAAAAAGAAAUUCUUUCACUGGUGAUGAUGAACUUGAUCUGACUGCACAAGACAAAACAUUAGAAAAGAAAAGAAAGCCCAUUAUGAUACCAGUAGAUUCACAACAACCAAGGGAAAAAUUCCGUGUGAAGACCCAGUUUAAUUACCCUAUGACUCGGUCUCAGUCCCUCGAGAGGGCAGGGUUUAUGGCAAGUUCAGCUGGUUACCAUAGCGACAAUACUACAAUUUCAUCGGAUGAUGGAACAAAGACAUUGCCACCAUCAUUGUCAACAACGCGACCCAGUGGGCAUCCACUCAAGAGUUUCAGUGUUCCUGGUCCUCCACCCCCACAGUACCCAGGUGCACCACCACCAAAACACAACAAUAAACAAAGUCCAGUUUCGAUGUCUAAUACUCCAUAUAAAAAGCCACCACUUAUUUCACCUGGUAUUCUUAAAAGUAGAAUGCAGCCAGUAGCAGUUAAUAUGCCUAGAGCUCCUGAUGUUGCAAUCCGGGGAACUGACCCUUCAGAUUUGAGUGCGGAUGGUAAAUCUUUCAGUACAGAAGAUUUGAAUGCCGAGAUGGCAAACCUUGAAGGACUAAUGAAAGAUCUUAAUGCUAUAACGUCAACUGAGUUAGAAUGCUGAAACUACUCGACAAAUUUAUCAAAAAAAGAACAUUUCUUGUAUAGACAUAUACUUAGUAUUAUUAUGUAGACAAAAUGUAGACGGGGAUGAAGAAAUGCUUUUUUUCUUCGUCUCACCAAAUGUGUAAAUUCUAUGUGCGUGGCAGCAAGUUCACCUUUGACCUCCUUCAAAAUUUGAAUAUUUAUAGAUUUUA